GCCGCCUGGCAAGAGACGGGGCUGAUAAUGCAAAUUUUCCCGCUGCAUGAGACGAAAAGUUUGGCCUCACUGCAAAAAAGUUGGGUCAAACAGGUGCUGGCGCCCCAGCCAUUGGAUGACAUUGCUGAAUAUUUUGGUGUCAAGGUGGCCUUAUAUUUUUCCUGGCUGGGCCACUACACCUGUGCUCUGGGUGUGCCGGCGGUAUUCGGCACCAUCCUCUAUGCCUUUUUGUGGGGUAAAAAUCAAAUGGCUCAGGAUAUGGGCCAUGUGCUAUUUUCGCUCUUCAAUGUGGCAUGGGCCUCAUUGUAUUUGGAGGCCUGGAAGAGAUAUUCUGUGGAGUUGGCUUUUCGCUGGGGAACUUUAUCGACACCACCGGAACUUUUGGAACCACCGAGACCGCUUUACAAGGGUCCUCUUGUUGAGAACAAUGUAACCGGCCGUUUGGAGCCCAAGGAGGCACCCGCCUGGAAGCGUCGUGCCUUUCGUUAUCUUGUCAGCUUUCCCAUAAUCGGCUUAUGUUUGUUUUUGGUAUUUGUUGUCAUGUUCCUGAUGUUGAGAUUUCAGGAUUGGCUGGAUAAUAAUAAUAUACCCGAUAGCGGAAUUGCUCAAUGCAUGUAUAAUUUGCACAAGGUUAUUAUUAUUCAUAUAU